UGAUUUGUCUGAAUAUGACUUAUCUUUUCUCUUUACUCUCUAGGCACAGCUGUAUGGUUGUUGCUUCCAUUUAUUUGUUAUCCAUUUUUAUGUACUCAAAUCUUAAAUACUCUAAUAUCAUUUACUCCACUAGCCCCUCCACCACAUCUUUUUUAUUUUCUUUUACAAAAUAAUUGUUAAGUUUUGUGUUUGUGAUAUUUCCUCUUAAAUAUCUUAAUGACAACUACAUUUCAUUAGAAAAAAAAAUCCACACUUGUGAAUAUGGAGGUGCAUUCAAGAUUAUUGUAAUCUAUUCCUUUCUUGCUUAUAACAAAUAAAAAAGAAAAAAAUCAAGAAUGUAAAGGGGAUGGAAAUUUUUCUUCUUUCAAAAUUUUACUUCAUCAAGAGAAAUUUCCAACACCCUUUUUAGAUCUGAUGUUUCUUGUUGCAUUUUUUCAGAUUAUUGUUUUGCUAACAGCAAUAAAUGCAGAAUUUUCAUCAAGGCUGCUUGAUUCAGUUCUUCAAGAUUAUGCUUUUAGGGCAUUUGUUAGGCCAAGAACUGGGAUUCCUUAUGAUGGGAAUGUGCCUUUUAAUUACACUGGAAUCAAAGUUUCUGCACUGAGGUUAAGAAGUGGGAGUAUGAGGAGAAGGGGUGUUAGUAAAUACAAAGAAUUUCAUAUCCCAAUUGGUGUUUUGGAGCAACCUUAUGUAGAGAGGCUUGUUUUGGUGUAUCAUAAUUUAGCCAAUUGGUCUGAUUUGUAUUACCCUUUACCAGGUCAUAUUCAUUUAACACCGGUUUUGGGUAUUUUAACUUAUGAUGCUUCGAAUUUGUCAUCCAUUAAUUUGCCUGAGUUGGAUAUCCGACCUUCAAAGAAUCCCAUUUUGAUUAAUUUUUCUAGUAUAGUGAAGCCUGUGCCAAUGGGAUUGUUGCCCAAGUGUGUCUACUUUAACUUGGAUGGUGCAGUUGAGUUUGACAAUAUAUUGAAUGGGAAUGUAUGUAAGACGACGAAACAAGGACAUUUCUCUAUAGUGGUUGAGUUUACUACUGCUGCUGAGCCAGAACCAGAACCCGAACCCGCCAGUGGAGGUGAUAGAAGUGGUGGUAGGAAAAAUUGGGUGAUAUUUGGAUCAGUUGUUGGUGGAUUUGUGGCAUUGAUUUUCUUGGUUUUAUUGAUUGCUUGUCUGAACAAGUAUGAUAAGAAGAAAAAGAUUGAUAGAAUGGAAGAAGCAGCUGAUAGAGGUGUACCACUGCUAAUGACAAAAAUUGGGAAUACAAAGGCACCAAUAGCUUCAGAGACUCGUACAAGACCCUCGUUAGAGAAUGAAUAUCUUCCAUAGAUUUGAUUCUUUCUUUUUUUUUAUUCUGAUAAUCCAAUGAUUUUUUGCGAUAUUUUAAUUCAAUUCAUUCCCUUCCAUUCUGUUGUACGUUCUACUUUACAUUGGGUUAUCAGUAAAUUGAUCAAGUUUUACUA